GCCAAGCGCGACUGAUCAAUACCCGUUCGUUCUCAGCUCAUUCUGCAACUUGCUCGCCCAUCAACAAGUAUCCAAGCCAUGCUGUUGCUAAAGUCGCUCGCUAUUGCUGCUGUAGCAGCGACCGUCGUCACCUCCACAUUCGCACUAGAGGAGGGUGACUACUACCGUCCUUCCAGCGACGAAGCCUCGGGAGUCUACGGCACGACAGCUCCGUACCGUCGAUCGCCGUGCCCCGCUCUCAACACGUUGGCUAACCACGGUUACCUGCCUCGCAACGGGCAGAAUAUCACACACGACAUGCUGGCCACUGCUUUAGAGAACGUAUAUAACAUCGGUUCCACCGUGGUGGCGAUCCUGGUCUCUCAGGUACCGGACCCUAUCAGUUUGGACUAUCUUGGCAUCCACAACAACAUCGAACACGAUGCAUCGCUUGCUCACACCGACGCCUACUACGGUCACGACCCGAUGUUGGCCAACAAGACGCUGGCUGAGGAUUUCUUUAAUCGCGCAGGAAGUGACGGACUGCUCACCAACAAGAUCGUGGCGAAGACCCGCAAGGACAGAGGGAAGACUUGCAACGCUGAGAACCCGGAGUGCACGUACGGAGUGAAAGCACAAACGUUGGCGUUCUUGGAGGCGUCAGUGCUUUUGAUGGCCCUUGGCAGCGGUAAUUCGAUCUCGGUUGACCACGCGCGCUCGUUCAUCAUGGAUGAAAAAAUCCCCGACGACUACACUCGCCCCAAGUCAACUGUUGGCGUCGUGGAGCUGUCAGCCAGAGCCGCGUCUCUGAAGGCACAGUCGCUGGUAUAGAUGAAGCUCUGACGACUCAUAUACACAUUUUAAUGCCGCUUGCUUACGAUGAUUUCUCUCGCCGAUAGAACAAUGCAUGCUCGCGCACAGUGACAAUGACAGUUAUAAUAGUGUACUGUAUUCUUCACAGCUCAGACAAUGCCACAUCCUGUUUCAGAU